AUGAGCAAGAUCUGGGAGUCUCAAACCCUGCGGUUCACCCUCGAUUCAGCACCCACUUCCAUCCCGGUCUACCUUUAUGGCACAGCUUGGAAGAAAGAGCGGACUGCACAUCUUGUCUAUUCAGCAAUCAGGGCUGGAUUCCGUGGCAUCGACACUGCUGCCCAGCCACGCCAUUAUCAAGAGCCCUCCGUCGGCGACGGCAUCCGUAAGGCUAUUGCUGACAACCUUGUGCGGCGAGAAGACUUAUAUGUGCAAACUAAGUUUAGCCCACUGUCUGCGCAGGAUCCAGAUAACAUGCCGUACGAUCCAAACGCAUCAGUGGCGGGGCAAGUUCAUGCGUCAAUCAGAUCUUCCUUGACUAAUCUGCGCUGUUCGGUAGACCCCUCGAGCGUAGACAUAUCCUACAUUGAUACAGUGGUCCUGCAUUCGCCACUACGUACUCUUGAGCUAACUAUCGACGCUUGGAACACACUGGAGACCUAUGUGCCCACUCGAAUUCGUCAUUUGGGCAUCUCUAAUUGCUCGUUACCCAUGUUGAGCGCGCUAUGUUCUUCGCCUCGAGUCAAAGUGAAGCCGGCAGUUGUUCAAAACCGGUUUUACGGCGAAACUGCUUUCGACGUUCCACUCCGCGCCUUUUGUCGUGACCAUCAAAUCAUAUACCAAAGCUUCUGGACACUAACGGCUAAUCCAACUCUGGCGCGAUCAGCCCCUGUCCAGCACCUGGCGGGUCGUGUUGAGAUCACCCCUGCGGCUGCUCUCUAUAUGCUGGUUAUGAGCCUAGGUAACACAGUGGUGUUGAAUGGUACUAAGGACUCAUCGCGUAUGAUUGAAGAUCUUGAGGCCCCCGGAAAAAUCAAAAGCUUUGUGGAAUCAGAGCCGUCUGAAUGGGAAAGUUUACGCCGCGAGUUCCAAAUCUUAGUGGGUGAUGCGGCUUAA